GUAAAGCUGAUCAAUUAAAUAUAUUACGACAAGGUGGUACUGAUCCACAUAAAGAUAAUGUAGAUUGUAUGAAUGCAUUUUAUGCAAUAGUAGUUUUUGGAGAUUUUGAAGGAGGAGAUUUAGUAUUAAGUGAAAUUGUAAUUACAAUCGAAAUUAAAGGUGGAUAUAUAAUUUUAUUAAUUAUAGGAAAUAGAUUUGCUAUAGUAUAUUAUUUAAGAAAAUAUUUUUAUAAUGAAGUUUAA